AUGGAGGGUAAAAAGGUUCUUCUUAGAGUUUCAUCUAUAAAGAGUGUGAUGAGGUUUGGGAGGAAGGGCAAGUUGAGUCCUCGGUACAUUGGUCUGUUUGAGGUUUUGGAGAAAGUAGAUGAAGUGGGUUACAGACUUGCUUUGACACCCAACUUAUUGGGAGUUCACCCGGUGUUUCGUGUUUCUAUACUUCAGAAGUAUCAUAAGGAUCAAUCAAAUGUGUUGGAUUUCAGCUUGGUGCAGUUUGACGAGAAUUUGGCUUAUGAGGAAGAGUCGAUCGCCAGUUUAGAUAGGCAAGUUCGAAAGCUUACGUCUAAGGAGAUAAUGUCAGUGAAGGUCUAA